GGAGAGAAGGUGUCUGAGCCUGAGGCAGAAAACCCACCCUAGGCCCUCCCAUUCCGGUGCCAAACCAGGAAGAAGGUGGGGCCGGCACUCAGAUGGCCCUGGAGGUCACUCACUGAUCGAUCAGGGGGCUGCCAAAGCAAAGGCCCUGAAAUCAGGAAAUGGAGCCCCAGAACCAGAGACCCGGGGCCUGCCUGGGAUGCUACAACCCAGCCCCAGACAUCAGAAACAAGAUCAGGCGUUUAUAUCGAAAGACAUUCCUCUUCCACUUCCGGAACCUUCGCUGGGCCCUGGGCCGGAACAACACCUUCCUGUGCUACCAGGUGGAUAGAGAGGAGCGUGACUCAACUGUCCCCAUUCACAGAGGGGUCUUUAAAACCCAGGUCUUCCCGGAGACCCGCCUGCACGCCGAGCUGUGCUUCCUCUACUGGCUGCACGACUACCUCCUGCAGCUCCGCGACCAGCACUUACAGAUCACCUGGUUCAUCUCCUGGAGUCCCUGCUCUGACUGUGCACAGCAGGUGGCCGCCUUCCUGGCCAGCCACUCCAACUUGAGCUUGACCAUCUAUGCCGCCCGCCUCUAUUACUUCUGGAAGCACUCAUACCAAGAGGGGCUUCGCGCCCUGCAGCGGGAAGGAGCCAGGGUGGAAAUCAUGUCCCUCAGAGAGUUUGAGCACUGUUGGGAGAACUUUGUGCACCCCUACGACGGACGGCCAUUCCGGCCUUGGAAGAACCUGAUUAGAAAUUACCACUUCCAGGUCAAGAAGCUGCAGAAGAUUCUGGUCAUGAAGCUGCUAAAGAAGGAAACGUUCCACCUGCAGUUUAACAACCAGCACCGGGCGCCCUGGCCCUACCACCGCAGGAAGACCUACCUGUGCUACCAGCUGCGGCUCCAGGGCUCCCCGUGUGACCAGGACUACUUUCAAAACAAGAAGGGUCACCACGCGGAGAUUCGCUUCAUAAAGAAGAUCCGUUCCUUGGACCUGGACCAGAGCCAGAACUACGAAGUCACCUGCUACCUCACCUGGAGCCCCUGCCCCGACUGCGCCCAGGAGCUGGUGGCGCUCACACGAAGCCACCCCCACGUGCGGCUGAGGCUCUUCACCUCCCGCCUCUACUUCCACUGGUUCUGGAGUUUCCAGGAGGGGCUGCGGCUCCUGUGGCGAUCCGGGGUGCAGAUCAGGGUCAUGAGUCUCCGAGAGUUCACCCACUGCUGGGUCAAGUUUGUGAACCACGGGGGAUGUCCCUUUGAGCCUGAGCUYUGGGACGGGCUGGAGCAUCGCAGCCAAAGCAUACAAAAUCGCCUCAAUCGCAUCCUGGGGUUGCCACCUGUCACUGCCACCUGUGCCACCUCCUGUCCCCACCCAUGCUGCUCAGCAGUCUUGAGUCUGCAGGAUCUGACAGCUAACUUCAGAAACCUGCAGCUUUGACCCGCAUCACCCUCCGCAAUAAGACGGACUCUGAGAGCAGAGAGCAUGGCGGACCUGCGCUGGUGGCCUUU